AUGAAAGGUGGGCGCGGCCCCGCGGGCUUGGCGUGCUCUUCAAAGAUCAAUGUGAGAAGACCUGUGGAGCUCCGACUCCCAGCGUCUCCACGUCCACGUAGCCCCGCUGCAAGUUACCCCGGGAGGCAUCAAGGGCUUGGCCCUCAGAAGAGAAAGGCUUUCCGGAUUCGAACCCAAACCUUCGUCUUUUGUCCCCAGGGGUCCUGGAGCCCUGCUGGCAGAAGGGGAGCAACUGGGAGUCUCACAGCCCCACCGCCCUCCAGCAGCAUGGAAACCCUGCAGAAAGAGUGGCUAGAAGUACUGAGCACCUACUACUACGUGCUCACUUUCGUCUUCAUGGCCCCUUUCUUUUCCCUUCUUCUCCUCUUCCUCCUCUUCACAUCACUCUGAUGUUUCUCUGUUCUCUACUUGGUAUGGUUCUUCCUGGACCGGGACACACCCCACCAAGGUGGAAGACGUUCUGAAUGGAUGAGGAACUGGACUCUGUGGAAACACCUAAGUGAUUAUUUUCCCAUAAAACUGGUGAAAACAGUCGAGCUGCCCCCCAACCGGAACUACGUGCUGGUCUCUCACCCACAUGGAAUCAUAAACUUGGGGAGCAACAUGAACUUCGCCACUGAGGACACUGGAUUCUCCCAGAAGUUCUCUGGGAUUUGGCCCUUUCCAACAGGGCUGAAUGGCAUCUUCUACCUCCCAGGCUAUCGAGAGCAAGUUCUAUCCCUUGGACUGUGUUCCGUGAGCCGCCGGAGCCUGGAUUUUAUUCUAUCGCGGCCCCAGCUCGGGCAGGCUAUGGUCAUCACAGCUGGGGGGGCCCACAAGUCCCUGGACGCCAUCCCAGGGGAGCACUGCCUCAUUCUCUGGAACUGGAAAGGUUUUGUCCACUUGGCACUGAGAGAUGGCGCCUCUCUGGUGCCCGUGUACUCCUUCGGGGAGAAUGAUGUCUUCAGAGUUAAGGCUUUUGGCCCAGACUCGUGGCAGCAUCUGUGUCAAGUCACCUUCAAGAAGCUCCUGGGCUUUGCUCCUUGCAUCUCCUGGGGCCGUGGGCUCUUCUCAGCCAACUCCUAGGGCCUGGUGCCCUUUGCCAGGCCCAUCACCACUGUGGUGGGCCGCCCCAUCCCGGUCCCCCAGUGCCUGUGGCCCACCGAGGAGCAGGUUGACCACUAUCACAUGCUCUACAUGAAGGCUCUGGAGGAACUCUUUGAGGAGCACAAGGAAAGCUGUGGUGUCCCAGCUUCUACUCGCCUCACCUUCAUGUAGCCCCCGCUUUACUGCACCCACCGCCAGCCCCCUCAGCACUGAUCCCACUGCCUGGAGACCCCCUACUACUCCACCAAUAAAGCUCGAUUGUAUU